AUGGUCUCUACGAUUUGCUCGAGCCUUGAAACGCAAUUGCCACGGUGCAGUCUUAACAAUCGACAAUGUGUCUAUCAGACGCAAUCGCGUUGCAAUUCGGACUCGGGUGUUAAGUGUGACACGAACCGAUUGAGUCUGGUUGUUGUGGGCGCUGCGGCACUUAGUGUCGGUUUGGAAGUGCAGCUGGAAAAUGUCACGCAGUCUCGAGCGGUCAUUGAGCCGGUGAAGCACAAGUGGCAAUUAUUCGAUCAGAUCGGCUCUGGAGCCUUUGGCACUGUGUGUCUUGGAAUGCACGAGGAAACGGGUGAAGUGGCGGCUGUCAAGAUUGUGCCUCUGCAGAAUCCUGAUGAAAAUCGCUCGUACCCAGAACUGGAACGCGAGAUCUCUGCUUUGAAAUUCGUGAAAGCUCUAGGAGGACACAGCAGCAUUAUUGACCUGCGAGACACGUACGUAGAAGGUUGUCAAAUGUUUAUGAUUACGGAGCUGGCUCGUGGAGGUGACCUCUUUGAGCAAGUCAUCACGUAUGGGUCGCUCUCUGAAAUUAAGGUGCAGCAGGUGUCGUGCGAAAUGGCCAGCGCUCUUUCGUUCCUGCAUCGACAUGGACUCGUGCACAAGGACAUUAAGCCUGAAAAUGUUCUCUUGAGUGCACGCGUUGUCGAUCACAAUAACAGUAACAACUACCGCCGUAACAAGUCCACCCCCAGUCUCAUUAAGUUGGCAGAUUUCGGAAGUGCUGGACCGGCAGGUAUGGUCACGAGUCUCGAAGACAUUGGCACGGCUGCAUACCUGCCUCCCGAGUUGCUUACUUCAGGUAUCUGCACGAGCGCAUGCGAUAUGUGGGCGCUUGGCUGUGUGCUCUACAUCAUGCUCUGCGGUUCGCAUCCGUUUGAUCUGGACGGCAUGUCCCCCGACCACGUGGUGGAGCACCGUAUAAUGACGGAACCGAUCACUUUUGCCUUCAGCGCUUGGGACAACGUAUCACCCGAUGCCAAGGACAUUAUCUACAAGUUAUUGGAGAAGGACCCGGAGCUGCGACUUACAGCGGACGAGAUGUUACAACACCCGUGGGUGAUUGCCAAUGCUGAAACUGUUGCUGCCAGGUUGCAUCAACCAUUGCCAAUGCUAGCGGGUCAGCCGAUUCCAAUGACCUUUGCCUAG